AUGUCAUCAUUCCUAGAAUUUAUUCCACACUAUGUAUUAGUUUGCUUACCAGCCAUUGCAAUAAUAGGAGCAGCACCAUUUAGUGGUCUAAAAAUGAAGAUAUUUUGGAUGCUUCAUUGUCUUGGAUGUCCAUUUACGGGGUUGAUUUACUACUGUAACGUAGAGAAUAACGAAACGGCACUAUGCACAUACUGGCUUACUUCUGAUCAUUAUGUGAUAAAUAUAGAAAAAAGCGAAAAUGAGAAAAAUGAAGAGGAUCCACUCGAAAGUCAACCUACUAUCAAUCAAAUUAAUGCCAUGAAUCAAUGCAUAGCAGAACCAUCUAUACAAGAGAGAAUCGCGCCAUUGGGACUAGCUAUCCCUAUAGUUAUUGGAAUAUAUACGGCGAUAGCCAGAGCAAUAGGACCAUGUACCAAUAAAGAUUGGGCAUAUUUUCCAGUUGCAUUUGCUUGGACAUUGCCAGCAAUUCUUAGAAUAGUAUUUGGAAGGAAGAUAGUAUUUAAAGAUCCCAUACAAAUUUUAGGAAAAGACAAGAUACGCGUAAGAAAAUAUUCAAGAACUGAAUUGGACUACAAAAAUAACAAAACUGCCCAUGCUAUUAUUACUGCUUUCGCAUCAGUAACACUUCAUUGGAUAGUAGUAAUUUUAGCAUACUUUACUCCUCCAAUCGGAUUUGGUGAAAAAAGCGUUAGUGGUAAUAAAUAUAUUCAUG